AUUAAGGUGUCCUUUCUGUACAUUUGGAGUUGAGGGUUUCAGGACUGGGUUAGGCAUUCGAUCGAUACGAAAUCGAAAAUGGCAGAAUUUCAACAAAGUUUAUUCGGCUGUUUCAGCAACUGUACCUUAUGUUUGGUGACAUACUUCGUCCCAUGUUAUACCGCUGGUAAAAAUGCCGAAGCUGUGGGCGAAAGUUGUGUAUUGUAUGGUUUUCUGUCCUUGUUAGGUUGUAUUGGAAUCUAUACUAGAGCUAAAAUUCGAGGCAAAAUUAGGGAAACCAAAGGAAUUGAAGGUAGUUUUGGACAUGAUUGUGUCAUCAGUUGGUUCUGUGGUUUAUGUGCCUUAAUUCAAGAAUCCGCCGAGGUUGGUGGUACCUGCGGAGAAGCCCAAGCAAUGGUCCGAGAAUAAAGGCGAUGUAAAGAGUGACUGCUGACUAUUUAUAUUUGUGUUGAAAACAGUAUUUGAAAUAUUUUGGAUUUAAUUUUUGAAUAUGGAAAAUGUAAAAUUCCGUCCAUCUUUUAAAACUUCCGUGAUUUCAAUUUUGCAUAAUGGAAAAUGAUAAAUUUCUCAAUCAAAUUUGACUGCCUGACAUACUCAUACUCGAAAUUUCUAAAUCAAACAUGACUGGUUAACGUUUUAACUCAAACUAAAACGUAAAACAGAAUUAUCUUAAAGAGCAGCUUUCUCAGCAAUUUACGCAAUGUACAUAAUGUAACGCACUCGUUUUAUUUAUACAGUUUUUGAUUUUUCGUUAACCAAUUUGUGGUAUUUUAAGUGCUUUUUACUGUUAUUCGUGUAGUCCUUGGUGUAUCUUUGAAUCUGUACAAAAAUGAAGUCCCUCAAUACAUUUGAAACAGUUUUUUUUAAAUACUUUGUAGUUCUUUGCAGCAGAAAAUAAAUUAUUCUACCUUUUGACAAAUAAAA